GGUCCCACAGCGGUCGUGCUGGAGCUUCCAAGCUUGAAGAUGCAGGAAAAGCUUGCAUUAAACUGUGUGACUGCAGACCCUUCCGUUGGGAUGUUAUUAGUGCGGCCCCAGCGCCGUUAUUGUUGGUAAACACAGCAAAUUGCCCUCAGCAGCUACAAUUGAAUUUGCAUCCAGCACCGUUAUCGAUUGGCAAUGGAAGUGCAAGAGUUUGGCGAAAAUCUUGAAGAGAUCGAAGAUGAAACAUUCGACGAGGAGAAAUCGGCAAGGACUUCAGAUGAAAAUCGCAAGCAGAAUCACAGCGAGAUCGAGAAGCGGCGGCGAGACAAGAUGAACACCUACAUCAAUGAGCUCUCCUCCAUGAUUCCCAUGUGCUAUGCGAUGCAACGGAAGCUGGACAAGCUCACUGUACUCCGAAUGGCCGUGCAGCACCUGCGUGGAAUCCGUGGCAGCGGCAGCCUGCAUCCCUUCAACGGAUCCGACUACCGGCCCAGCUUCCUCUCCGAUCAGGAGCUGAAAAUGAUUAUUCUCCAAGCCUCGGAGGGAUUUCUCUUCGUUGUGGGUUGUGACCGGGGACGAAUAUUGUACGUCUCUGAUUCGGUGUCCAGUGUGCUGAAUUGCACGCAGGCGGAUCUGCUGGGACAGAGCUGGUUCGAUAUAUUGCAUCCGAAGGACAUUGGCAAGGUAAAGGAGCAGCUCUCCUCGCUGGAACAGUGCCCCAGGGAGCGCCUCAUCGACGCAAAGACUAUGCUGCCCGUUAAGACGGACGUCCCUCAGAGCCUGUGUCGCUUGUGUCCCGGUGCCAGGCGGUCUUUCUUUUGCCGUAUGAAGUUGCGUGCUGCCAAUAACAACCAGAUCAAGGAGGAGUCGGACACAUCCUCCAGCUCACGUAGCUCCACUAAGCGCAAGUCGAAGCUGAGCACGGGCCACAAGUACCGAGUGAUUCAGUGCACGGGCUAUCUUAAAUCGUGGACUCCUAUUAAGGAUGAGGAUCAGGACGGCGACAGUGACGAGCAGACGACGAACCUAUCUUGUUUGGUGGCCAUCGGUCGUAUCCCCCCAAACCUCCUCAACUCUAAUGUGCCCGCCUCGCUGGACAAUCACCCGAACAUACGGCACGUGCUCUUCAUUUCGCGACACUCUGGAGAGGGCAAGUUCCUGUUUAUUGACCAGCGGGCCACCCUUGUGAUCGGCUUCCUCCCGCAGGAGAUUCUGGGCACCAGCUUCUACGAGUAUUUCCACAACGAAGACAUCUCUGCCCUGAUGGAGUCGCACAAGAUGGUGAUGCAGGUGCCGGAGAAGGUCACUACACAGGUGUACCGCUUUCGGUGCAAGGACAACAGUUACAUUCAGUUGCAGAGCGAGUGGCGGGCCUUCAAGAAUCCGUGGACGAACGAGAUUGAUUAUAUAAUUGCCAAAAAUUCGGUGUUUCUAUAAAGGGUAUGAAAACGUUUCCCGGCAGACUCCGAUGAUCAAUUUACGAAUCACACCGAAACUUCUGUAUGUACAAACAUUAUAUCUUACGAUAAGCUCCUCAUCUAUUUUAUACCAGAACAAUUUAAAUUAACAUACAACUUUUAAAAGUA